AUCAUCGCAAUAUAGACAACAACAGUGAAGAUACUCGUCCUUAUCAAGGUUCACUCAUUUGGAAAAUAGCGUCUCUGCCGCCAGUGCCCUCGCCAUGAAAGGAUCUGCCGUCGUGGUGGCCGCCCUGGUCACGCUGCAGAUCGCCUCCUGCGGGGCUCUCUACCCUGGUUCGUUCUACCAGAUGAUGCUGCGGCUCAGCAAGGGCCACAGGAACCUGGUCAAGAACGCCCGCACGGUGUCGUCGCCGAACCAGCUGUGGGCGAUCCUCGACCCGCCCGCGGCCCUUGGCUCCCUCUGGAAUGAGCCGUUGAACUCGAACCGCAUCGUCAGGAGCGCCGAGUUCAAUGACAUUGAGGGCCGUCAGCUUGACGGCGAGCCCGACGUGAACACGGACGCCCCGGCCGAGGCUGACACGGCCGAGGCUGACACGGCCGGGGCGGCCGAGGCUGACACGGCCGAGGCUGACACGGCCGGGGCGGCCGCGGCUGACACGGCCGGGGCGGCCGAGGCUGACACGGCCGAGGCUGACACGGAAGCGCCGGAAGAAGCCACGGAGGCGCCAAUGGUGUGCGGAGGCGAGAUCCCGACGCUCCUCGAGACCGGCGAGGUGAGAGAGGACAAACUGCUCAUUAACACGACUCUGGAGACUCCAGGCUACGACGCUGAGGGCUACCCGGGAGACAUCGAGUGCAUCUGGAACGUCAACGUUGAGAGCGGCUGUGCGAUGGGAUUCAUGACGUGGCAGUUGGAUUCCAGCUACAUCCGCUCGACCAGGGGCUGCUCGGAGGACUUCGUGGAAAUAGGCUUUGACGGAUACUACACCGAAAAGCACUGCGGGACUAUAAAUGGCAAAACAGGCGCGAGGCUUUGGAGCAACCCUCUAAAUACCGAACGCUCUCUGAACAUUCGCUUUUUGGCCGGAGCGCGCGACGAAAAUGUAGGUGGAGGAAAAGGCAUCAAGAUUUACAUCAACGGUUUCUGCAGUACUUAUUCCGAUGAGUAUGUGGCAGCAGCAGAGGCAACGGCAGAGACGGCAACGGAGGCGGUGGCGGAGGAUGCCACGCAGAGGAGUGAUCUGGACUUAGACUACAGCGAGGACGCAGUCGGGCAAGAGGUUUUCUAGCUCGUUCUAGAUUUGAUCGACCCUUUCGCUUUCCUUGUCCAUCUUUGUCAAGAGAAAAAGAACUCGAGUCUAUCGAUACAUUGCGAGAAAAAAGGCAAACAGGCAAUUGUGAUUUAGUGUGAUUUUUUUUUACAGAUAUAAUGUUCACAAACCAGAUGGAACAGCAGGCGGAGAUAUAUAACAAAGCUCGUCUGUAUCAUUUCCUAUGAAUUGGCCAAAUUGCCUCACGCUUCCGAUGUGGAUAGCGUACCAUAUAUGGACGAAUAUCGUGAUAGGCUAUAAUAGUGUUAAUCAUCUGGAGCAUAAUUAGAUUGUCAUACCAUAUCAUAUAAUCGUUGGCAUUAACUAGUACCUGACCCUUAUAACCUUCAGCAAUAUACUGUAUAGGUGUUAUCAAGUCUGUAAUAUAUGGUUGUUCGAGUCACUUGAGAUAUUUACUUCUUGAGAUAUUCUAAAAUAUGCAAUAUAGAUAUGCAAGAUACACAAUAAGGUACAUAUAUAUAUAUUAGAACACACACACACACACACACACACACACACACACACACACACACACACACACACACACACACCAGGCCUAUUUUCACAAUUUUACUGAUCGCUCUCUUGCUGACUCCAUUAUCUUGUGUUACAGAUUGGGAGCAAGGAAUGUACUUAAAUGAAAGGGUACAUUUCAGGAAUGUAUGCUAUUUCUGAUACUAACAUGGUUCUCAGUAGUUUUAGCAUAUGCUUUGAUUCAGUAUGUAGCAAUUUGACUGAAUAAACUGUACUUAAAACUAUAGUAAUUUUUAGUUUAUAAUAAAUAUGUGUUAUAAA